AAUGCACCUUAGUUCCUUGGGAGGCCUCCUCCUCCCUCUCCGCUGACUUCUCCUGCCCUGUCCCAUUGGCCUUCCCAAAGUUCUGCUGCAUGGCUUCUGUCCAAAAAAGGGCAGACAGUUUGCUGAAGGUGGACUCUGCCCAGAGAACACUGGCUGCCCCUUUGGAAGCCCUCCUCUUUCUAAACGCAAGAGGUCUUUCCUUAGAUCGGACCUCUAGGUCGGCACUCAUCUUCCAGAGCUGCUCCUGGAAAGGCUGCCUGUGAUGGAGGAGGCUGCUCUCUUCUACCACCCGCUCUGGUUCAUCUGCUCCUUAACCCUCCUGGCGCUGCUGUGGGCACAAAGAAGAAAGAGUUGGAGGCCAGAUGCUUGUCCCGUAGACCUGAGUGGCAAGACGGCCAUUGUCACUGGAGCCAGCAGCGGAAUUGGCAAGGCUGUCGCUCUUGAACUGGCAAACAAGAACGCACGCACAAUCCUGGCCUGCCGCUGCAGGGAGAAAGGCCAGGCUGUGGUGGAGGAGAUCCGUAGAGCCACAGGGAACCCCCAGGUGCAGCUCCGUCUGCUGGACGUCAGCUCCAUGGCCUCCGUCCGUGACUUUGCCAGGAGGUUUCUGGAGGAAGACAGCCAGCUGCACAUCCUGGUGAACAAUGCGGGUGUCACAGGUUUGCCCUUUGCCGUCACGACUGAGGGCUUGGAGCUCACGUUUGCCACCAACGUCUCGGGUGCCUUCCUCCUCACCAACCUGCUGCUUGGUACCAUGGUGGCCUCUACUCCGGCUCGCAUCGUGAAUGUGUCUUCCUUCCGGCACUUCUGUGUCAGGGAGGUGAACCUGAAGUGGCUGACGGGGGAGGAGCGGCCCAGGAAUGCCAGCCAAGCCUACGACUGCACCAAGCUCAUGAACGUCAUCUUCACCAUGGAGCUGGCCCGGAGACUGCAGGGCACCGGCGUGUCGGCCAACGUGCUCAGCCCAGGAAUCGUCCGGACAGAGAUCCUGCGCCAUUAUGGCCGGGCCAGCCGCCUGCUCUACUGGCUUUGCAGCCCCUUCAUGAGGAGCCCCCAAAAGGGAGCCACCAGCACUCUCUACUGCGCAAUCGCCCCAGAAAUGGAGGGGAUUUCGGGCAAGUAUUUCGACAGCAACUGCACACUGGUGCUUCCUCAAGCCCUCGCACACGAGCCAGGCCUCAGCCAGAGGCUGUGGGAUGCGCUGGAGAAGGCCACGGGCCUCAAGACAGAUAGAAGCCAGCAGGCAGUCUCGGGCCCUCUGCAAAGGGAACAUUAGGGGGCUUCUCCCUCUUUUCUGGUCAGGGGAGUAGAAAAACUGCUGCUCAGCAACAUGGAUCUUUUGAUUCCCCUUCCAAGAACUCUUCCCUGCAAAGUUGCCAAGCCCUUUAACUGAGAACCAUGGCCAGAAAUGCAAAAUUCACCCUGGAUUUUUUCUCAUGCUGUGAAUGAAGGACCUUGAGGUCUGCUGGGGGCCUUCCAGCCCUCUGUUUGAUUUGAAUCUCUUCUUCCAGUGUGAUGGAUUACAUUUCUUGGGAAGCUGGUCGGAAGCUCUCAUCUCCUGAUGGGUUUUGUUUGGAGCAGAGGCUCCUCCUCUGCACUUUCUCUCUCUCCCCAGGGAUGCCUUUGCAGCAGGUCAGGCUUCCCCUGUCGUCCUUUUUCUCCACUGCCCUAGUUCGGCUGUGGGGUUUUGGCCUUUUACAAUGGAAGAGUGAAUUGUGCAUCUUCUUACUGAAACAGAAAAACCAAGUUUGUUUUGCACUGUAAUCCAUAGUAAGAGUCUGAGCUGCAUAGAAAAUUAUUAUCCGGUGGAGACCAUUUUUAUUUCUGAGUCUGGUUUGAACCAGCCAUCGGGUGACUGGAUGCGCUCAACAUGCCCCAUGAAUAGCCCCACCUGCUUGGGGAUGGGAGGAGCUCAGCAUUGCAGGGACCAGGCCAAGGGCCACUCUCUGCCUGCAGAGGCCCUCCAGGUGGGUCACUCGUCCAUGAAGACCCAGGGGUCACUCGCUCUCCAAGGCGGCCCAAAGUCCUUUCAACGGUGGCCUCCCAUUUGCCCCACUGCAGUGGAUGAAGCACUGGGAGGAUGAGAGACCCAUGGACUUUGCGGUCUUUGUAUACCGAAAGCCAAAGAACAGGGCAGAGAGGAGAGGCUCCCGGGGCAUCUCUUGAGGGAUGCAGCUCCGCGUCCCUCACGGCUCUAAUCUCUCUUUUCAAAGGUUGCUGUAACAAAGCAAAAUGAAAAAAAGAGCUUCUUAAAAAAAAAAAGAUAGGGACUGCAGCAACUCUGAACUUUCCUUGGAAAAGCUCCCCCUCUCCAAGGGACAGUAUUCCCAGGGUCUGGAAGCUCCAUGAGAAGCUCGCAGAGAGGGGGUGUUUUGGGAUGCAGCUUGCUCCCUGCAGUAUGUCCCAUUCACGGGAAUCAUUUUGCAGCAGAUUCUGAGACCAGGCUCCAAAGAAGCCGCUCGGCCAUCACCCAGCCAAAAAAGUGGCUGUCUUGAUUGGCCCCAGGAAGGGAGGUUGCUGAAACCAGCUAGCUUCUCCUAAACGGAGCACAAGUGGCAAAUAGACAAGUUACCCCUUUGACCUGAACAGACGUGAACUUCUCAGGCUGGCCAGGGAGGUCUGGGAGUUGAAUUCCACCCUAAGUCCACUGGAAGAGCAGCUCAUUUCCUUUGAAUAAUUCUUCUCCAGACCAGGGAGAGCAUUUCAAAAAAUGGGGAGAGAAAUGGGGCGGUUGUGGGAUUCUCCCCAUAAAGGCAACCUUUUUGUGAGCAGGUCCUCCAUUACUUUGGUUUAUGGCUGGAGGUUCCAGAGAAAUCUAACUCUUCAUUUAUAAACUUUUAUUAAUUAUAAUUAUCCUUGUGUUACUUCUUUAACUUUUUUGGGGGUCCAGGAAGCAAAUUCUAAGUUAGCCAGCAACUGCAGUGAAAUUCCAAGAGCGAGAACAAGAGCUGCUCCAGUGGUGCAAAUAGGUUAUUAGUGUCAGAAUGAAAUGAAGCCAACUAGCAUAUGCCUGGUCAGUUCUCUGCCCCCCCCCCGCCUCUUACACCCUGGCCCAUUGGAGACCAAGACAAUAGCUUGGCAGGUAACAAGUUUCUUGGCAGGGUUUUUAUGAUUGGGAACAGCACAGCC